GUUCUUCGACGGAAAGAAGGCCAAAAGUAAACUUCGCGUCGCUGCGUCUAUCUCAUUCACACAAGAAGAUCCAAAGUCCGAGGUUUCUGCGGUGAAAAACACAGUAGAGUUGUGACUUGUCUCCAAUACAAUAACCUAGACAAAGUUGCAGGUACCCAGGGUCCUCUCCCUCUAUUUCUGGACUAGACCCCAGGGACUCUGAUCUAAGAAUACACGCCUCCCCUCAGACACGUCGACUGCAAGUAAACGCUUCCAACGACUUCACUCAAUCCAUAUUCUUCCCUACGACAUAUUGACGACUGAAUCGUCGUCGUUCAGGUAGUGGCCAUGACCACGAAGGCAUACGCAUUGCCGUCUGACAUCUCCCCUGCCACAGUCACUAACACGUCGUCCUUACUGCGCAUUAUUGCACUCGCUCUCAUUUCUGGUGCUGCUAUUGCCUCUCGUCUGUUCGCUGUUAUCAACUUCGAAAGUAUCAUCCAUGAAUUCGAUCCGUGGUUCAAUUAUCGCGCAACGCGGGUAAUAGUGGACAAGGGCUUCUAUUAUUUCUGGAACUGGUUCGAUCCGACAGCAUGGUAUCCCCUGGGCCGUGUCGUUGGCGGUACUGUCUACCCAGGUCUCAUGGUAACAAGCGGCGUCAUCUACAAGAUUUUGCAUGCAUUGCACCUGCCCGUCGACAUUCGUAAUAUUUGUGUGCUCCUUGCUCCUGGUUUCAGCCCCUUGACCGCUUGGUCGACCUACAUGCUCACGAAGGAAUUGAAGGAUGAAAGUGCUGGUCUCCUCGCUGCCGCUUUCAUUGGUAUUGUGCCGGGUUAUAUCUCCCGCUCCGUGGCUGGCUCGUACGACAAUGAAGCUAUUGCUAUCUUCCUUCUCAUGUUCACUUUCUAUGCCUGGCUCAAGGCGCUCAAGAUAGGAAGUGCGUUCUUUGGAACCAUUGCCGCUCUUUUCUACUUUUACAUGGUGGCCGCAUGGGGUGGUUAUGCCUUCAUCACAAACAUGAUUCCUCUGCAUGCACUGGCUCUUAUUCUUAUGGGAAGAUACAGUAGCCGGCUCUACGUUGCUUACUCUUCUUGGUACGCCGUUGGAACACUUGCCAGUAUGCAAGUCCCCUUCGUUGGCUUCCAGCCCGUCCGAACAAGUGAACAUAUGGCCGCACUUGGCGUGUUCGGUCUCUUGCAGAUCAUCGCGUUCGCGGAACUCGUUCGCUCUCAUGUGUCGUCUAAACAAUUCCAAACCCUUCUCUACGCCUCCGUUGUCGGCAUGGGUGUGCUUGGUACUCUUGGUAUCGUUGGACUCACGUACAAAGGAUGGAUCGCGCCCUGGACCGGUCGUUUCUAUUCAUUGUGGGACACGGGCUACGCAAAGAAGUACAUUCCCAUCAUCGCUUCAGUCUCAGAACAUCAACCCACUGCAUGGCCGUCCUUCUUCAUGGAUUUGCAAUUCCUCGUGUUCCUAUUCCCCGCCGGUGUUGUGAUGUGUUUCCGCGAACUCCGUGACGAGCAUGUCUUUGUGAUCAUUUAUGCUGUCGUCGCAAGCUACUUUGCCGGUGUUAUGGUCCGUCUGAUGCUUACGCUCACACCUGUUGUGUGUGUGACUGCUGCAGUUGCCUUCUCAACCCUUCUUGAUACGUACAUCAAUCCCGUCGAACCCGAAGUAUCAGCGGAAGAAGCUCCUAGUGAAAUUGACUCUGUGGCACCUUCAGAGGCCACAUCUUCCGCUACGCCUGGACCCACAUCAAAGAAAGCGAAGAAGGCGGCGAAGGACAAAGCCGCGGCCCCGGCUCCUACUACCGCUUUCAGUGACCUUGUCGCAACAGUCACGUCUGGAACUUCCAAGAAGAGCGGAAGGCCGUUUGGUGUGUUUGGUCUGGACACCCGUUUAAUUGUCCUUCUCCAAGCCAUUGGCAUGCUCGUCUUCUUCGUCUGGCACUGCACCUGGGUAACUGCCAACGCAUACUCGUCACCUUCUGUUGUGCUGGCUUCUCAGAACCCCGAUGGUAGUCAACAUAUUAUUGACGAUUUCCGUGAGGCAUACUACUGGCUCCGACAAAACACGCCAGAAACUGCCGUUGUGAUGAGUUGGUGGGAUUAUGGCUACCAGAUCGCGGGUAUGGCCGAUCGCCCAACCUUGGUUGACAACAACACGUGGAAUAACACUCACAUCGCGACUGUCGGCAAAGCCAUGUCAAGCAGUGAAGAGGUCGCAUAUCCGAUCCUCCGCAAGCAUGACGUCGACUAUGUCCUGAUUAUCUUCGGAGGUCUGAUUGGUUACUCUGGUGAUGAUAUCAACAAGUUCCUGUGGAUGGUCCGAAUCGCACAAGGUGUCUGGCCUGACGAGAUCCAGGAGCCCAAUUACUUCACUCGGAAGGGUGAAUACAAGAUCGACGAUGAAGCUUCCCCUGCAAUGAAGAACAGCUUGAUGUACAAGAUGUCUUAUUACCGCUUCGCGGAGCUCUUCGGAGGCAAUCAGGCAGUAGACCGUGUGCGUGGUCAGCAUGUUCCAAAGACUGGCCCGACUCUGGACUACCUAGAUGAGGCAUUCACCUCGGAGAACUGGAUUGUCCGAAUCUACCAAGUCAAGAAGGAGGACUUGUUGGGCCGAGAUCUCAAAAGUGCUAACGCAUUCGCACUGGGCAAGAAGAGGAAGAGGACCAAGCCUGCCUCAAGGCGCAAAGCUAUUCUGUAAACGUCUCCUAUUCAAUUGCAACUCAGUACUUUCCACGUGCCACUGCUUCUCUUGAACGAGGGAUCGCUCCAACGUCACCUGCAUUAUCAUGCUACGAGAGACUGUCCUUUAUCGUCCGGACCGUUGUCACCCGUUGUUCCGCUACGUUGUUCUCUGAAUGUUUCUUGAGGAUACAUCUGACUUGAGGAACCUCGUCUGUGUCCCAUAUGAUCUUGGUUUCAUGUCGCUGAGAUCCCCAAUGCAUUCGCGAUAGCGCGGACGGCUCGUGCGGUGGUUGCUCUAUGUAUGGGACUUCUCAUUAUAGGUUCUUAAGAUAGAUACAUUCCACUGACGACACUGCGGGCCGUCCUGGCUCCUCACUAUUUGCGAAGUUUUCCCCUCUAGCCAAAAUAAAUCAUUUCUGAAAGAUUUU